UGUUUUUUCAUACACAAUUCGUCAGCAAGAGAAAAUAUUAAAUCGGCUUAGGCAAAAGCUAAUUACGCGAGACCCGUGCUGAUUGCCCAUUAAAUUGAAUUAAUAAGAAAAGAGUUGGCGCAUGGCGCUUCCAAUAAGCCAUUAAAUGUUAUAAAUGUAAAUAUUGAUUUUUACAACUUUAAAUGCUAUUACAUGGGAUGUGUUUAUUGUUGUUUAUGUUUCGCAGUGGAUGGAGCAUUAAACAAACAAAUUGAUCGUUAAGGUGCUUGUCUAUGUAAGCGAUAUAACUACAAAGUGCUUGAAAUCACUUAAAUUAAAUAAUCAAAACGCAUUUCUUCUGUAGAGUAAUAAUAAUAAAGAGAGAACACCAGCCGAUAGUGACCCACAACAAAUCGAUAUUGUGAAAAUCGUUGCAAUCGAUUCCUAAACACAGCACACAAAGAAAUUAAAUUGGACAGAUAAAGCAAACCCAGCGGCUAAGUCACUGCUACUUGCGUUUAUUUGUUUUUACAUUGUAUAUUAUAAUGACAAAUUGUUCGCCGCAGUGCUGAGAUAACAGCGAGACAGGGACGACAAAUCGCAAUAACUAAAAAAAACAACAAUAAGCAAAAAACAAAAACGACAGUCGCUCGCCACGUCAGUGGGAGUGAGUGAGACGUGAGACUGCGAGAAUAAAUAUAAUAUAAAAUAAGGAAAUAAGGAAAACUUCUACUACUCGUAAUAGGAGCUACCCUCGCCCAACCAUGCUGAACAACUUCAAAGCUAGCAUUAUGUCGGCUAUAACGCCGUAUACGCCGCCAGCCCAGAACUAUCUGCAAGACAAGUUUCGAUAUUCACGUCCCCUAUUCCUAGAACUGCUCACUAGAGACGAACUGCGCGCCUCGAGUGAUCACAGCAUUCGACCGAUAAUAGUUCCGCGCAACAUCAGCAUACUUCCCUGGGACACAGGCUACGCUGAGUGCAUCAAUUCCGGCAAAUCCAAGUGGAACGAGGAUCAGGCGGCCUUUAGUCGGCAAGUGCUAUCGGAUCCAGAUCACAUCCAUCCCGAUCUGCCGUAUACGUAUUUUGGCAUUUUCGAUGGACAUGCUGGAUAUGGGGCCGCAUUGGCUGCCUCCUAUCAAUUGUCGCACAUUCUGCAUGAGAAGCUGGUGGACUGCAUUGAACUGUUGUUGCCACGUGAUACACACAACGGGGAUGAAACGGCUGAGGUGAAUCCGGCAUUUCCGCAUCCGGCAUACUUUCACCGAAAGGUGUCAAAGGACGAGCUAAUUAUAGGAGCACUGGAGGCUGCCUUUUUUGACAUGGACGAACUGUUGAGGCAAGACAAUCCUAGGUAUCGCAAUGCAGGCGGAUGCACAGCCUGCGUCGUGCUCUUCAUCGAUGGAAAAAUGUAUGUGGCCAAUGCUGGAGACAGUCGAGCUGUGCUUUGCCAGCGACGAUCGUCACCGAAGGCUACACCCACAACAGCAAUAACCCCAACCACAACAGCUCCGACAACAACAGCAGCAUCGGAGUCUAAUGAGGGGGUGAUUGAAGCGGAUUCAUCAGAAGACGAUACACUCAGUUAUUCUACGCCCUUUUCGUUUGAUCAUACGCCGGAAACGGAACGCGAACGAUUGGAGAACAUGGCACUUUUGCAGCCAGAUCUGAUUGAAGAUGCAUAUGUGGCCAUGGAGUAUGCGAAACGACCACAGAUCAAAGAUAUGGGCCAGCGCAUACUGUGCCGCAAAGGUAACAUGAAGGGCUGGACGUACAAGACAGUGACAAGCAGGGAUCUUGCUCAUCCCGUGGUCUAUGGAGAGGGCAAGCGUAGUCGCUUGUUGGGCACGCUGGGCGUGACUCGUGGAUUCGGUGAUCAUCAACUGGUUGCAAUAAAUACACGCACACCGAUUAAACCAUUUUUAACACCACAUCCCGAAGUGCGUCAGCGUGAUCUCAGUCAAGUGGUCAGCAUACCCGAUGAGCACAAUGAGGAUGGCGACUACGGCAUGCUCGUGAUGGCCACCGAUGGCCUAUGGGAUGUAUCCGAGAAUGAGGCCGUUGCACGCACCGUCUUCCAAAUUCUGUCACGUUAUCCAACGGAGAGGCAUCGCUACACAAUGGCCGCCCAGGAGCUUGUGGCGCGCGCACGCGGCAAAGCAAACUUUUCAGGUCACUGGCGAUUGUCAGAAAGCAAAGGAGCGGCUACAGUAGAUGAUAUCUCGGUGAUUGUGAUUCCAGUGUAUCAGUAUUACAAGGAGCACGUCGAAUGGACGCAAACGUACACACAACAAAAGAGAGAUCAACCGGCUAAAAGAGCGGGGACAAAUGUUGCCCAGGAGGCAGUCAAUGUACUCAACGGCAUCAUUGCCGAAGAGGCAAAUGUUGUCGAAGAGCAUCCGCAACAGCAGCAAGUAGAAGUGCAAGUGGAGCAGCGGCCGUCACAAAAGCAGAAAACUCAAGAUGACUUUAAGUAUAAUUCUGUGAAGACGGAGAAGAAGGAAACGCCGCUGGAGGCACGAUUAGAAACAGUCAACGAGGCAUUGCAGCAAGUGCAACUGGAUGCGAGUGAGUCCCAAACUGGAACAACAGCUUCCACAAAAACCACAAAAAAAACAGACACUGAUACCACAGCAAAAACAACCACAUAAGGAGGAACAAUCCCAAGGACAAAGGCAACCAAUCAAUUAUGGAAUGGCAUACAGAGCGGCUUGUCCUUACUAAAUGCUACAUAGAACACAUACCAAUAAUAUUAUAUAAAUAUAAAUUUAUUAUUUUCUUUUUUUUUGUAUUGCUGAUGCGCUCAGAACGGAGAGGCAAAACGACGAAGAAAUUUAAAAGAAUCAAAGAACAUGCAUUGUACAAUAAUAA